AUGGUUAAAUUCUUGAAACCAGGAAAGGUGGCAAUCGUCUUAUCCGGUCGAUAUGCUGGAAAAAAAGUUGUAAUUGUUAAAGUUUAUGAUGAAGGCACUAAAGAACGUCAAUAUGGCCAUGCCAUCGUCGUCGGUAUUGAAAGAUACCCAUUAAAGGUCACUAGAAAAAUGGGACCUAAACGUAUCAACAAAAGGACAAAAGUCAAGCCUUUCAUCAAGAUUAUAAACUAUAAUCAUUUGAUGCCAACUCGUUAUACUUAUGAAUUGGAAGAAAUUAAACAAACGGUCACCUCGGAAUGUUUCAAGGAACCUUCUCAACGUGAAACCGCGAAGAAGGCUGUAAAAAAAGCAUUACAAGAAAGACAUAAAACUGGGAAAAACAGAUGGUUCUUUACUAAACUCAGAUUUUAA